AUGUCUAAUCGUAAAGGAUGGAACGCAAAGCAGCCAGCAGGAUCCCUCUCCUCCGAUAGAAUCCGGAGGCCAAACCCGCCUGCAUCCGGUCAUGCCAAAGCCAACGCUGCUGCGCAGGGCCCUCCGAAGAGCGCCGCAGUCACGAAACUCGAGUCUCUACACUCAUGGCUCUCGAGGACAAACGCAGGGAAAAGCAGGGAUCCGAAAGGCGGCUGUUUCUGCCUGGCCAGAAUACAUCCUCUAUCGCCAUAUACCCCGAUAUGCCGCGGAUGCGGAUUGAUCAUCUGUCGGCUUAAUCUACCCAACUAUGCGUGCCCCCACUGCACAUCUCCGUUAUUCUCAGACGGGCAGCAGGGGGCCCUCAUUUCAAGAAUCGAUGCGGAGAUUGCGAAGCAACUCGCCGCCGAGCAUGCGGAGCGCGAACGAUUGCUGCAAGAAGCUCGCCAGGCAGCGGGCGCAUUUCCAACUUUGCAAGAUCAAUCAUCAUCUGAUAUAGACCGCCCAUCCGUUGCGCCUCUUCGUCCUGCUCAGGAGACCCAUAAAGUACUGUCCCUCGGCGCUAAAGGGACCAAGGGAAAGAAAGUGGUCGUGCAAUCGUAUACCAUUUCGACCACUCCGCCUCGUCCGAGAUCACGGAACGGUCCGACAGAGGAAGAUGGCGAGCCUACGAGAAUUACCCCUCCCGGUCAAGAAGUCGAAUGCAUGUCACAGGGACAAAACAUCAACUCCUGGAUCAGUCCUCGGGGAUUGCAUGCGACCUACGUACCAUCACGCCGCAUUGACGGGAAAUCUACUAAACGGUCAGACAUAACCAGGCAACACAAGGGCAGGGGAACUUCCUGA